AUGGUGGGUGAGUCUACUUCGUUACCUGAGUUCUUUGACACCUCCGCCGAACAGUUUGGCGAAACAAAAUUCUUGUCAACUGGAGAAGAAUCUCCUGACGACAUCUUCAGUAUUCUCGAGGCAUUAGAGGGUGUUUCUGAUGAGUUCACAGCCUUCACACCUCUACAUGAGACUGAUUGCGGCACCAAAGAGGGUGGUUUGCAUCAGCUUGCGUCCCAGAAGUCAACUUCUUCGAGUGCUGUACAGGAACUCGAGGAAAUGGAGCUUGAGGCCUUUUCACCAAGAAGCAAGAAACGGAAGGUGUCUUCAGCAGAAGAAGGCUGUGAAAACUCAGAUGGACAGUUAAAGAUUUCUCAUGUCACCGUGGAGAGGAACAGGAGAAAGCAGAUGAACGAGCACUUAACCGUUCUCCGGUCGUUAAUGCCUUGCUUCUAUGUCAAAAGGGGUGAUCAAGCAUCAAUAAUUGGAGGAGUAAUUAACUACAUCACUGAAUUGCAACAAGUGCUACAAUCUCUAGAGGCAAAGAAGCAAAGAAAAGUUUACAGUGAUGUGUUAAGCCCUAGGCUUAUUUCAAGCCCUAGAACCCUACCUCUCAGCCCUCGGAAACCCCCUUUGAGUCCGAGGCCAAGCUUGCCAAUAAGCCCCAGAACCCCACAGUCAGCGAGCCCUUACAGACACAGGUUACCAUCCGCUACUUCUUACCUACUAUCUCCAUCAUCCAUGGCUAAUACGACACCCGCUUCACCUUGUAAUUCAUCCUCAAAUUCCGACACCAUUAACGAGCUUGUUGCAAAUUCAAAGUCAUCUAUCGCUGAUGUUGAGGUGAAGUUCUCAGGCCCAAAUCUUCUUCUAAAGACUUUAUCACCUAGGUUACCAGGUCAAGCAACAAAGAUAGUGUCGGUGCUUGAAGACCUAUCUCUUGAAAUCCUCCAAGCUACAAUCAACACUGAUAAUGAAACAAUGGUCAACUCCUUUACCAUUAAGGUGAGCUAA